AUGUUGAUCAAACCGGUAGGCAAUUGAUGGAUAAAAAGUAGUUACUCAUACUGUGCACAUAGAGAGAAGAAGAGUCAGGCCCAGGCGGCGCCACAAAGACGGGGAGAAUCAGAAUAUGUUUUCACCGCCUUGGCCAUCAACCAAUCAGAACGUCCCCGACUCCCGGAUGUGAUCACAAUCGGUCGACUCAUAAGAACCCCACGUCCGCGCAAAGAAAAAUAGCUGGACAUUGCUCUCGAAAAUUCACCCUUCCUACGAGCUACAAACCAGUCCAAUUGUUCUUGUUUGGCCUUGAUCGACCUUGAUUGACCUGUUACUUUCCUGAAACCCCAAUUCGAUCAUUGGAGAAACAUGUCUUUCUACAUUGAGAACAAGAGCGUCGGUGACGCCAAAAACUCCGAGGAUUGGCGCAUCCGUGGAUACAAUCCCCUCACUCCUCCUGAUCUCCUCCAGCACGAGAUCCCUCAAUCGGAGAAGUCCAAGACCACCGUGCUCAAUGGACGCAAUGAGGCCGUCGAGAUCGUACAGGGCACCGAUGCACAGAGGAGAUUGCUGGUUGUCAUCGGACCUUGCUCCAUCCACGAUCCACAGGCUGCGCUUGAUUACUGCGACCGCUUGCUCAAGUUGAAGGAGAAAUACAAAGAUGACUUGCUCAUCGUUAUGAGGUCAUACCUCGAGAAGCCCCGAACAACUGUUGGAUGGAAGGGAUUGAUCAACGACCCGGACAUCGACAACACUUUCAAGAUCAACAAAGGACUACGAGUAUCUAGGCAACUCUUCGUUGACUUGACCGAGAAGGGCAUGCCUCUCGCCAGCGAAAUGCUUGACACGAUUUCCCCACAAUUCCUGGCUGAUCUGCUGAGUGUUGGUGCCAUUGGUGCACGAACGACCGAGUCGCAAUUGCACCGUGAGCUUGCAUCCGGUUUGUCCUUCCCUGUUGGUUUCAAGAACGGAACCGACGGUUCCUUGGAUGUUGCGAUCGACGCUAUUGGCGCAGUGAAGCACCCCCAUCACUUCCUUUCGGUCACCAAGCCCGGUAACGUCGCGAUUGUUGGCACUCUCGGAAAUGACGACUGCUUCGCCAUUCUGCGCGGCGGCAAGAAGGGAACCAACUACGACUCGAAGAGCAUCACCGAGGCACGCCAGAAGUUGGAGUCAAAGGGCUUGAAUGCUCGCCUCAUGGUGGACUGCAGCCACGGCAACUCCGAGAAGAACCACAAGAACCAGCCAAAGGUCGCCCACGAGUUGGCCGAGCAAAUCGCUGCGGGAGAGACAGGCAUCAUGGGAGUGAUGAUCGAGAGCAAUAUCAAUGAGGGCAACCAGAAGGUUCCCAAGGAAGGAAAGGAGGGCCUCAAGUACGGAGUCAGUAUCACUGAUGCGUGCAUCAACUGGGAAGACACCGAGACAACUCUCGAAGAGCUCGCAACUGCCAUUCAGAAGAGGAGAAGCCUCCUUGGUGUGAACGGUACCCACUAAAGUACUGAUUCUUUGCGUUAUUAAUUGAGGGUUUGUGGGAUUGGCAUAAUGAUUUGGUUCGGCGUCUCCGGGGUUCUACUUAGCAUCUUCUUGCUUCAAUUGCGUCUGCUUGACCAGGGCCGAUGCUCGCUGUGUUGCAUGCGUUAGUGUUUACGCUUCAAUAUGUCAGCCUAAAAAAAUGCAGUACCCAAUAUGAGUCUUUUCUUUGGCUUCACUUACUUUGCUUUUUGCUUUAUGUGAACAACGAGGCAACCGAAAUGUGCAACCAACGACUUCGGCAAGGGCAACA